GCCUGUUAAGCAAAGAGGGAGGGAAACUGGCUGAGAGUUGACCAGACCCUCCAUGCAGGGGGUCAGGGAAGGAACCUGCAGCUGAGUCCAACACAGAGACUUCCUGUGGUUCAGACUGAGCACUAAGCAAGAGAUGGGAGCCUGCAGGAGAAGGAGCCCUCCGAGGGAUGGGAAGGAGGAGGCUGUUUUCCUGAGGAGGAAGAUCACCCUGCCCCGGGUCAUUGCCCUGGGUAUAGGCACCAUGGUGGGCAGCGGUAUCUUCAUUUCCCCCAAAGGGGUGCUGCAAAACUCGGGCAAUGUGGGGGUCUCGUUGAUCGUGUGGCUGGCUUGUGGGAUCCUCUCUCUGUUUGGCGCUCUGUCCUAUGCUGACCUUGGAACGAGCAUCACAAAGUCAGGGGGACAUUACAUUUACCUUUUAGAGACACUUGGGCCCUUGCCAGCCUUCCUAAGGUUAUGGUCUGAGUUUGUUAUGAUCCGCCCUGCAAAUAUGGCUGUGGUGUCCUUGGCAUUUGGUCAAUACCUAAUCGAGCCUUUCUUUGCCCCGUGCCAAGCCCCUGCCCUGGCAGUGAAGUUGACCACUGCGACAGGAAUCACCCUGGCAAUAGUUGUAAACUGUUGGAGUGUUAGCUGGGCUGCUAAUGUACAGACGGUACUCACAGCUCUCAAGAUAGCCACUGUUGGCCUGAUCAUCGUUCCGGGGAUGAUGGCUCUGGGCAACGGUCACUUUGAAAAUUUCCAGGGUAGUUUUGACACAAGUUUGCUGUCGCUUGACAAGCUGCCACUUGCUUUUUACUCUGGAAUGUUUGCCUAUGGCGGGUGGUUCUACAUAAACUUUGUGACUGAAGAAAUUGUAAACCCUACGCGGAAUAUCCCACUGGGUGUUAUGGUGUCCCUAACCGUGGUUACAGUAUGUUACAUCCUCACCAAUGUGUCUUACUACGCAGUCCUGACACCACAAGAAAUUCUCGACUCAGAGGCAGUAGCCCUGAGCUUUGCUGAUAAAGUUUUCAAGAGCAUCUCCUCUGUGAUUCCAAUCCUUGUAGCCCUGUCUUGUUUUGGUGCAUUGAACGGAGGAAUCUUUGCUGCAUCAAGGAUGCUGUUUGCAGCUGCAAGAGAAGGACAGUGGCCAGCCUUCUUUUCAAUGAUACACCUUCAAAGGCACACUCCGCUCCCAGCCCUGAUAUUAAUGUUGCCAUUGAUCUACUUGAUGGUGUCCAUUGGUGAUCUCUAUGGUCUGCUGAACUUCUAUAGCUUCUCACGCUGGUUCUUCCUUGGCCUUGCCACACUGGGACUCAUACUACAGCGUUAUCGACACCCAGAAAUGCCAAGGCCCUUCAAGGUGCCUCUGUUUAUCCCACUGGUGUUCACAAUAGCCUGCUUCUUCAUUGUGGGGACAUCCCUGUAUGCAGAUCCUGUGAACACCGGCAUAGGCUGUGCUAUAACACUGACUGGCUUGCCUGUUUACUAUCUGGUGGUUCAGAAAACUAGACUACCACGCUGCUGCACAUCCAAGUUCAAUUCCUUGACAGUGAAACUGCAGAUCUUGAUGAAAGUGGCUGUCCAGGAAGUCCAGACUUAUUGAAGGAGUUGGCAAAGAAUGCACAGACCACAAGGGCCCUUUGUAUCCAUCCCUCACAGAGCACUUCAUACACUGAGGAACAGACCUCCAGUCCACAUUUAAGCAAGUGGAGAAAGACGUGUGAUAAGCCAUUAUCUUUUGUACAGGAGCAUCCACAAGCUCACCUUAGCUUU